UGAGGUAAACUGCAGAGCGCCAUGUAAACCAUUCACAGUAAACAAGGAGCAGCAGAAGCAUUGCUGCUAUUAUUGAAGUCUUGACCACCAUGGGUAGAUUUAAUCUGUCCUUUAUUCUCCUGCUGCCGUUCACGUUUUGCUCCUACGACAAAGAUUAUCGGGAACCGGUGGUGAAAACCAUUGGGAAAGAAGCAGAUUGGACUCCAGUUUGCAGCAAUUCCACCCAGAAACCAAUCGUAUUUAUGGCCUGUAGGAUCAGACCAGUGAGGAGCAGAGAAGAAGAGUGUCAUCUAGUGUACCGCCUGCAGACAGGCUUUGUGCAGGGAUGUGACUCCAGGUUUUCACUCAUGUUAAUAAAUCAGACAAUUUUUCUUUAUCUGAACAAUUUAACAGCAGAAAAUAGUGGAAACUACAGCUGUCUGUGCUCAGGCCAUGGUGGAACAAUUAUUCUACAGCUCAACAUCACUGUGGAAGAUGAGAAAGUCACCAUCUCUCCUUCAGAAACGACUUUCUCUACAACUUUAAUUUCUUUAUUUGGAGUUUGUGGAUUGAUCAUCAUCAUUCUGUUGGGAGUCAUUUCUGGAUGUAUCUGCUGGAACAAAUGCCACAGAAGAAGAAGAAGACGUGAAGUGACCAUAACGCCUCAUCCAAACACGGUGCAUUACAUUGAAGUGCAGGACAUUGAGCCGUACAGCGUCUACAGAGAGAACGAACUUUAUUUAACGUCUGUAAUUCACACCAGCCUGUCUACAAAUAAUCUGAUUGUGAUUGGGAUGGAUAAUCCAGCUUCAGGGAGACCUUUAUGAACAUUUGAUGUUUUAAAACAUGUUUUCUGUGGAGCACUGUAACUGUCUAUAUUUCAACAUGUGUAUUUUGUUAAAAACUCAUUUUCUAAACAUCAUUAAGUGUUUUUCCAUGUCAAAGUAAAAAGAAGACCACAUUUAAAACAAAAACCAUGUUCUCUUUCUCCCCCGCAGUCUUCUCGACUUCGCCUGCUUUAAUGUAAUGCUUGAGGGGUGAGUUUGGGUGUUUCGGGUCGUUUGAACGUCGACCACUCCCUCACUCGCCCACUCAUGCAGCAGCAGGUCGAACCGAAGGUUUAAAGCUGACCAACAAAUUCUUGACAAGUUCUUUCUUCCUGUACGAACUUCCUGUUUUCACCCGCAGUGGCCGCAUGGCCUGCUGGUGUGAAACUGGAGGUGUAACCUUUCCUCACUGCAGAGUGCAGAUUUUUACACAAAGGUUACUCUGCAAACAACACCACACUGACUUUAGUGCACAAACGUGUUAACUUCUUCUAACUAACUUCACUCCCCUGUUAUUUAUUUAUAUUGGUUGCAAUAAACUGAAACUGUAAGGAUGUAAAUAUGUAGAGAAAAAUAGAAUUAUCUUAAAAUUAGUAUUUUUGUUUUACUGUAUGCUCUAAUAUCUGUGCAUUGAUUGCAUUAAGUUUUUUUCUUUUCUUUUAAAUCUCACUCAAACAUGGGUUUAGAAGAUUCUUCUAAUAUUGAUCUACUUCAAAGUUUGUUCUAUCAUUUGUAAGCUCGUGAUAAUUUAUCUGUUUUUGUUGUAUUUACGAGAAACGAGGAUUUGAUUCUUGGAUAUUGUUUAAAAAAAGCCAGAGUUGAAGCUAGAGACUUUAGAGCAUGAGUCCAAGUCAAGAAUAAAGUCUGUGAAACUAGAAUCUAUCUUUUAGAAUUUGGGGGAAACUAAAUCAUUUGAGUAAAUGAUUCAUGAUUAAUAAAUAAUGU